AUGACAGGUACUUAAAUGUUUCUCCGACAUUUUGUUAGUCGCUCUCAACAUGUCCACUACUACAACUGUGAAGUGUGCAGCACACUGAAGACAUGACGUAUAUUUGAAUUAAAAUUGUUUAUUUAAAAAAAAUUGCGGGUGUUUGUUUUUUCUUUUCUGUUUUCAAUAAAUUUUCAUGAGUGUGUGUUUUUGUGCAGUUCAUAAGUUGGUAGUUCUUGUUUUGUUUUGUUUUUUUUUUCUUUCAAAAAUUAGUGCCAAAUUUUUUGUGAUUUUCUUUUAUAUUUCUACGGUGUUUUACAACAAUGUGUGGUCUAUCUUAUAAUUAUUAGUAAUUUACAAGUAUAUUCUAGUAAAAUUCUAUGAAUAUUUAAACCGCAAUUAUUCAUCAUUAAAAUAUACUCAUUAAAGUAUAGUAACAAGAAAUGACGAAAACGAUGAAAUUAGUGAAAUUAAUUAAUUUAAAUAACGUUAAUAAUAAUAAUAUACAAAAUAAUAAAUCAAUAAUAACAUUAUCAAUACAAUUAAUAAUAAUAGUAUUAUUAAUAACAUGUAUAAAUAAAUCGUCACAAACACCAAUUGAAUAUCGUCGAUAUUGUGGUGAAGAAAUACCAAAAAUAAUUAAAAUUGUAUGUAAAGGACAAUAUAAUGGUUAUUCAGAUGAUGUUCCACCACCUCCACCAUCAAUACAUGGACGUGAUAGUGCAACAUAUUAUGACAAUAACAAUAACAAUAAUUAUUUUACAAAUCGACAUUUUAAUAUUUAUAAUAGUUAUCAAUCAGAUGAUAGUCAAGUAUCACAACAACAUUCUGAAAUGAAAAUUGUUGAUGAAUGUUGCCAUAAACCAUGUGGAUGGCGAACAUUACGAACAUACUGUGAUAUACGGAGUAAUAGCGAUGAAGAUUUGAGAGAUGAACCUAUUCCAGAAAAUCCACCAGCGAGUAUUACAUCUACGUAUCAUCAUCCACCAUUACCAAAAUCAAUAAUAAAUUAUCAAAAUGAUAGUACACCAAUUUUAGUGAAAAAGCUAAAUGCAACACAAAUCACAACAACACCAUCGUCAUCAUCAUUAUCAACAAAUUUUGAUAAAAAAGAUAAGGUCAGAAAAAAGAAAAAGAAAAAAAAUCAUAUUAAGGGACGUGGGCGUCCAUGUCGAUGUCGAAAACGAAAACGUCGUGGUCACUCACAUCAUCAGGGGUCUUCAUCAUCAACUGUGUUUUGUGUGCCUUGUAAAAAAAUUUGUAGAAAUGUAAACAAGUCCCCAAUGCGAUGUCAAAAAAUGGUGACAAAAUCUUAUGAAAUAGGUACAGUUUCACCAGUUGAAUUAAAUCCACAUCCGAUUCAUGAUAUAUCAAGUCGGGCUUAUCAUGAAAUGCAAGAUGUAACAAAAACUAGGUAUUUUUAGUGAAUUAAAUUAUUAAGACAGAAAUAAACCGAAUUAUUUAAUUGUAAAAAA